GAGUGGAGGGGUAAUAUCGGGGAGAGAUAGGAUCUUACCCAGAUUUGGACCCCAGGGCCUGUGGGACUGGGGACAUCUGACUUCCUGGGCUUGGGUUCCUAAGAGCCUCAUUUGCUUCCUCACACCCUGUCCCCUUCACACCAGGGCUGUUUUAUUGUUUUAUAACCUUCUUUAGAGCUUCAGUUGCCAAAGAUGCCCGAUGAGGCUAUUCUCUACUUUCUCACAUCACCAAACCCCAAGUCUUGCUGUUUUAAGCAGUUUGGUCACUUGCAAAGGCUUCCCUUCCAGAUCUAAGCAAAUUACAGAAACCUCUAGGCAUGUGGCUACCUUCAACUUUUGCUGAGCCCAUUCACAACAAUACAGGGCCAAGUGUUAACUCCAACUGCCACCCCCACCCCCAAGCCCACCCAGCCUCCAACCACUCUUUUCUACUGAAGCUAAAACAAAAUUUGAAAUAACUUCUGGUAUAAGCCAAUAGAAAUGACCUUUGGCUUUCCUCUUUAUUUACCACAUCUAGAGCUAGAAUAUGAUUGAAAUAAAGGAGUUGAUGGUACUCACAGCGGAUGCAGCCAAAGAAUCAUAAGACAUGCCCACCAACCAGCCUUUUCCAAAUUGCACUAUCUCUCCCUCUAAACAGAGUCCCUGAAAAGAUGCUGUUUGAAAAGACCAGGGUAUUGAUAUGAAUAUGACUUCCCCCCUUGAAUCCUAGAUAUUUGGAACUAUUUAAAUGUGAGGGAACAGUUGCAGUGAACCUUUAUUUAGUGAAUAAAAGUUUAAAGCCGAAGGUUAUUUAUGGUUCUGCAGAGAUGGGACCUGAGUGGCUAUUUACGAGCACGUGAUUCCAAUAAACUUUGUUUUAUGGCUUGAGAGUUGACAAGCCAAAAUAUAAUUCCCACCAUAAAUUAGGUUAAGAGCAUACAAGUGCAGAUGCUUGGUUCCUGGAGCAGCGAUAGGAAAGUGAGAGGCUCCAGCUAGCGCCGGGUUCAGAAGGAGACAGUCUGCUCCCAGCUCCCCUGCCCACUAGGAGAGAAAACCAGUUCGGGACCGUGAGACACCACUGCUUACACCAGCCCCAGCCCAGGGCAGCUCCGUGCCUGCAAGCAGCGCCUGCCUCGGGGUGGUAAGCAGCAGCCGGACAGAGAGGCCAGCCGGGCUCAGAGCCCUGGAAGAAGACUGUCCUGACUCCUUGGCUGCUUGGUAACCCUGGCUCUGGUACAAGGAUGGGAAACUCGUUGCUGCAAAUUGCCACCAAGCACUUCAGACUACCUGAACUGUCUCUGAAAGUGAAGGUGGCUGCGUCGGGCUGGCGGCUCCAAGGAGGAGAGGCUGGGACUGGCAACAGUCUGGGUACUUGCUCUGGGUGGAACCUGGAGGCAGUAACGUUGUCUAUAUAUACCCUGUAGAACCGAAUUUGUGUGGUAUCCACGUAGUCACAGAUUCGAUUCUAGGGGAAUAUAUGGUCGAUGCAAAAACUUCACAUUCUCUGCAAUAGUCAGAAGUGGAGGCCAGAGGCAGCCGGCUGCUCAGUUGCCUCUUUCUGUUUUAUUACCUUGGACUCCAGGCAGGAGGAUCGUCGGAGCCCAAUUAUGUAAAGUAGCCUUUUCCUGGAGAAGCUCCUCACCUUCAAACAGGGCCCCCUGUGUAAAUCCCUAAUUGGUUGCAUGAAUGCAGGGCCAGAGGGUUAGGUUUGGGGGCACUGGGGAGUGAAGUGGGAGUCAGGUAGCCCCAGGAUCAGCUCUCUUCUCUAGGGGCAUAAAGUUGGAGGGUGCCCAAAGAGGGGGCUUGUUGACCUUUGCUGCCAGGUGGGAAGAAGGCAAGCCGGGAAGAGGGAGUUAAGGGCCCUUUUGGGGAUGCUUUUGAGUGAGGUGGGUUUACCUCACAACCUUCCUGGGCUACCCUCCCCUGCUGCCCUAGCCAGAGAAUCAAGGGAGCUUCUUGCCAUACCAGCAAGGCCAGAUUUGGCUACAAACACCCUGGCCUUCAAAGAAAGCUUGGCAGUUACUCAUUGCCUAAUUUGAUUCAGGCCAGCCAGAUUGUAGUAACUUUUGGGUGACCCUGAUGAAGACAAAGCCGGAGGGAUUCGGCCUUUGUAUGGCAGAGUCCCCAUGCUCCCGCGGGCUGGGUGGGCAGGAGUCCUGCCUGCCUGGGGUUCUCUGUCCAAAUCAGGAGUUAUCUCCUCCACCCACCUUUUGAUGCCAUGCACCUUGACAAAUAUGGGAAAUUCAUUCCCUCUUGAACUGUGCACAUUUUGGGGGGCUGAUUGCAGUCCGGGUGCAUGGAGAGGGCAGUGGAGGUUAGCAAAGUCAGUGGCAGACAAAAGCUGGGGUUACCAGUGGGGAAUGAGGGUGCUGGGAUUAGAACUCCACUAACAUCUGGUGGGAGCCCUCAAAGGUGCCACGGUGAGUCACUUGAUUACACGUAUGUUAUUUAGUUAAAUUUGUGAAAAUUAUGAGAUGCUCACCAGCCCGGUGAUAAACUCACUCCCUCGCUAUUGGCUGGCCUGGUCACAUGGCCGCCAACUUUAUUCAGUUGACAGCAAGUAGGAGGGCCCUAUGGAAGAAGAAAAAAAGACAACACGAGAAAAAUUAGUAUUUUCUACCUUCUGAAAUUAAUGGCCAUGAGUUCGUAUAUGGUGAACUCCAAGUAUGUGGACCCCAAGUUUCCUCCGUGCGAGGAGUAUUUGCAGGGCGGCUACCUAGGCGAGCAGGGCGCUGACUACUACGGCGGCGGCGGUAGCGCGCAGGGGACCGACUUCCAGCCUCCGGGGCUCUACCCACGGCCCGACUUCGGUGAGCAGACCUUCGGAGGCGGCGGCCCGGGGCCCGGCCCGUCUCUGCCCACGCGGGGUCACGGGCCAGAACCCGGCGGCCCCGGCGGCCACUACGGUGCUCCCGGAGAGCCAUGCCCGGCUCCCUCCGCGCCCCCGCCCGCACCCCUGCCCGGCGCCCGGGCCUGUAGCCAGCCGGGAGGCCCCAAGCAGCCUCCCCCCGGGACUGCCCUCAAGCAGCCGGCAGUGGUCUACCCGUGGAUGAAGAAGGUGCACGUGAAUUCCGUGAACCCCAACUACACCGGCGGGGAGCCCAAGAGGUCCCGGACGGCCUACACCCGGCAGCAAGUCCUAGAACUGGAAAAAGAAUUUCAUUUUAACAGGUAUCUGACGCGGCGCCGUCGGAUUGAAAUCGCUCACACCCUGUGUCUUUCCGAGCGCCAGAUCAAGAUCUGGUUCCAGAAUCGGAGGAUGAAGUGGAAAAAAGACCACAAGCUGCCCAACACCAAAGGCAGGUCCUCCUCGUCCUCGUCCUCGUCCUCCUGCUCCUCCUCAACUGCCCCUGGCCAGCAUUUGCAGCCGCUGGCCAAGGACCACCACACGGACCUGACGACCUUAUAGAAGUGGGGACCCUGGGCCCACCCCUCCCUGAGCUCCUGGCUGAGCCGAAGCUGCGGGGGCAGGCCGGGCCUGCUGUCACCUCCCUGGGCUCUAAGGUACUGUGGGGUGGACCUGGGACCCACGCAGGCCUCCCUCGGACUAAGGUUAGCAUCCUGCCCGAGGGCAGCACCCUCCCUGGAGCGGGGAUGGGGGUGGGAGGGGGCGGGAUUCUCUCUCUAAAGUAUAUUAUCAAAUGGCAGGAGCUACUGAGAACAUAAAACCUUGGCGAGUGAUUAAACUCCUGAAAAUCUCUGCUGUUGGGUUUUGAAUUUGCAAAUGAAGGUUGGAUGCUUUAUCCCAGUGUGAAUUUGAACAUGCUCCCCCACCCCACCCCUCCAGGGAUCUUUGUGGUUUAAAAAUGUGCCAGAGUUGAGGCAGAAGCUUGGCCACCUCUGCGCUAGGUGUUUUCAGUAGAAGCAGGAGAGCUGAGCCAGGAUUCCUGAACUUUCUGGGUUGUCUGUAUUUCCAGUGUGAAAAAAUAUAUAUAUAUUUUUUGCUCCCAGUAUCCCUGUGCCCAAAGAAAUGAGUCUAAGAAGGAAGCAGAAACGGGUUGUUUUAUGUUUAUAUUUGCUUAAAUAUUUAUUUGUUGGAGAAUUGGGGUACAGAAAUAACUAACAUGGUGUUGCCAAAAAACUUAACAUGUGAAAGGGACUGAGUUUCAGGGAGCGGAAUCAGAGGUGCGUGGCCUGACUUCUGGCUGGAACUCCACCCCCUCCCCACUCCCAGGAAAUGUAUAUAGGAGGCCCUUAACCCUUCUAGAGGGAAGGGAAGGAUCCACUCAAAGUUGAGUUCUUGAAUAUGUAUGUCCACAUGUGUGUUUUUCAGCACUGUGCUUACAACUAGUUCUGGGUGAUUAGAGGAAAGGGAGAAAAGAAAGAAACAAAUGGUCCUACAUUUUCCUUCUGGGGAAAGAAAACAAAACCUCCAUGUUCUGGGUCAUUAGAUAAUGACUGAAUUUUCUGUUCCAACUGGAUUCCGAAUGUCCCCAAAUACUCCAUGUAGCAGUAUUUUAUAGGAAUUGGUGUAUGGCUGGUAUGGGAGAAGGGAUGUGCAUUGGGGAGAAAGUGGGAAGGUGAGGAAAUCUUGCUUUUAAAAAAAUGAAAAACUAACUGAAUCUAGAAGUCCACAAAAGUUGGUCUUAGGGGUUUUUCCCCCUAAGUUUUAAUUUUUCAAAACAAAUCUAAGGAAUUUUUCAACCUGUUAAUUCGAAGCGGAAUUUGUAAAAGUACAAAAGUUUUCAGGCCCUUUCCGCUCCCUUGCCUUGAGAAUAGUGGUUUAAAAACAAUCGCUCUCAAACAACGGGAGAUAUGUUCUUUAGUCAUUUUUCUCAUGCCUUGCCUGCGAAGGAUUCAAAGCUCAUUUUUCUAAAAUGUUGACCCUUAAGGAUAAGGGGAAAGAGUCAAAGGUAAUGGCCAGAGUUCAUGGACUCAAAUGAAACAAGGCUUCAGAAGUUUAAACCCCAAAGCCUCGGGCUCCAAAAAGAAGCCCCUGGUUGUCCCUUACCAAAAAGUGACAAAAGUGGGGGGGGAGGGAGCAGGAGGGAGGUUGAAAAGGAGAUUCAGAAUUGGGGCUAUUUUUCAGUGCUUCAGAAGGUUUCAGAGGUAAUUUUUAAAAUAUAUUUGAGUGUAGAGGGAAAAAAGACUUCCUCUACGGGCAUGUUCUUUGGUUCUGUGUCUCCUGAGAGCUGAGGGCAGGUAUUCACUGGGGUCCCUAGGCUGAAAUUCCACUUCUCUAAAGUAUCCUCCAAGCCUUGGUCUUUUGUAUUAGACCCUAGGGACAGCUCUUUGUUCCUCCUUGGGGUGAGCCUGGCUCUCAGACUUGCACAUGGCAAUACUUGAAUAUCGCCACGUCGGGAUAUUAAAGAUGGAUAUUCCUGCAUUAUUUGCAUCAUUGUUUCUAUGACAAAAAGCACAGAGUUCAUACAUAGUCAAGACGUCUUUUUUCUGAUGCCCUCACGUUGAGAAGCUGAAAAGGUAUUUUACUGAAGUUCGGCUAAAUUACAGAAUCAGGUUCAUCCAGAGGACAAAUUUUCUAUUCGAUUAGCUGUAUUUCAGCCGGGAGGACUGACCUCUAAACCCUUAACCUUUUGGACUCUAACUACCCUUCUCUUCUUUUUUCCCUCCUCUAACAUGGAGAGCAGUCUUUGGAUGCAGCAUUUGAAAAGAGCUGCUAUCUUUAGGCAAGUUGGAAAGUUGCUCAGAUUCUUCCCUAAAACCCAAACUUGUUAAUACAUCAAAACUUCUCCUUGUGUGUGGGGAGGUAUAUAUUUCACAAUGUCCAAUUAUAUAUGCAUUAUAAAAAUUAUUAUAUAGAUUUCUUCCCUUCCUAGAAGUUCAGGUUACUCAUCCCAGCUUCAGACCAAAUGCCAAACUACGUAACUGCCUUCACUUCUGCCCUAGAGGAAAGCCAAGAGGUAUAUUUGAUGAAGAAAACCCAAGUUCCUUCUUAAAAAUAGCUCCACUACUUUGGAAAGUAAUUUUAUCAGAGAAACGAAUUCUUUGUUUAUAAGUCUCAGUUCUCCUUCUCGGCUUCUAGAGAUUCCCUUUUGAAAUGUUAAUGGAGCCUGCAAGGCCCAGAGGGCAGCCCCCAACCCUGAGGUCCCAAUCAGACCCUGUCGUCCAUUUGGGCCCACAGGAGUGGGGCGGGCAAGAAGCAGGGCCCCCCAGCCGGCCAGGGCAGGGAAGGAAAUGAGUUUCCUUCUGGGAACGUGUUCUGGAGACCUAGGUGUAGAAAGGCUCAGUGCCCAUUUGCUUUUAUUUGUUUCCAGUUUGUUCCCCCAACUAUGAGCCAGAAGUGUUUGUUUUGAGGGUUUUUAAAAAUGGUAUGUUGGGAUAGUAACUGGGGGGAGUGAAGUGUUUGCUGAGGACACUGCUUCUCAGACUCCCAUCUCACUUUGUCCAUUGCAGCCUUUUGUUGGGAGAUGACAUUGUCAGUCAGCCCCAUGGUGUCUGUUCAUACAAGAUGCUUUCUUAAUAGAAGUAAUCAAUGUUCUGCUGCCACUGAUUAAAGUAUUAUUUAUACUAAUUGUUGCCUGUAGUUUUGAUGUAAUUCAUUGAUCUAUAUUUGAAAUAAUAAAAGGUGUAGCGAAAUCUCCCUUC